CUUUGAUGUCCCACUGGUGGUACAGCUCACAGGCACGCAUCUGGCAUGUUUUACUUGAAUGUUUCAUCUGAUUGACGAAAAAUUCCUAUUCAAACAAUCGCUAAAGCCGUAGCAGACCAAAACGUUUGGAGGACAGAACGCCCGAGAUAUCGUCCCUGUUGGCUUCGACCUUUCAAAAACAUUCAUAUUUAGCAAUUACGAUUACACCUCAGGUCCCUUUUAUGAGAGUACCUGAAAGAUCUCCCUAUAGAUCACUUACAGCCUAGCCAAGGCUACAUUCGGGUUCAAGUUUACCGACUCUGACAAUGUCGGUCAAAUUCAUUUCGCUGCCAUCCAACCCCCUACCUUCUCCACUUUUUUCUACAUGUAUAUGACACUAUCUCCGACAUCCCUUUCCUUAUUCCUUGAGCGAUCAACCAGGAUCUGUAUUUCCGUCUUACAAGAUACGUCGUGCAGAAACUCAGGUACCCGAAACCGAUGACGCUACGUUCCAAAAAUUGCUCCGCGCUACAAGGAGCCCAGACCAAGAGAAGCGCCAGCGAUCCCAACUCCUCUAGCUACGUGGGUGACAAGCUGGUGCAGAUCGAAAACAAGAUAAACAAGCACGGGGUUUCAGGUGGCGGGAGAGGAACAUCGCCGCUACCAAUAUCUGACGGGCUAUUGGAGGAUGAUGAUGAACUAGCAAAAAUUGGAGGUCAUCUCUUCGGAAGGUUAGACCGUUUACGGGAUACUUCCUAUCGGACUACCGGGACGUUUGCCUUGCUGCAGAAGUUCGUUGGGGAAUUCCAGGAGAAGCGGGCAAAGGUCACAGAUGAGACCGUCUCAGCGUUCAUGGACGCCAGCAGUGAGAUAGCUGCUACCACGGGGAAGGUUCAGACCGUGAAUUAG